AUGAUUGUUGCGCACUUUACUGCUCUGCUAGCAGUUACUUUUGGUGUUUUUGGAGCGGUGGAGCUCAACAGAUUCGAAAGCGUCAGCGCAUGUACACCGAUAUCCGUUGACUGGAGGGGCGGGGAAUCUGGAUCAGAGCUUUCUAUAGAUCUCUACGAAGCAGGCGACGGUUCUGAUAUCAGUUGGUAUUCGCGUGUAGCUACUCAAAUCGCGGCAGACACGAAACAUUACGAUUGGAAUCCUUCUCAAUCAACCACUGUAAACCUUAAUGGCAAGUAUUUUGUCUACAAAUUCGCUCAAAAUGACGAACCAGAUGUCUACUCGAACCAAUUCGAAUACUCACGCUGCAGAAGCGGAAAUCAUAGACAUGGGUAUAAUGGUAAAGCUGCAAUUGCGGGUGGCAUAUUUGGUGGUUUGGCAGCGAUCGCUGUGCUUAUAGUGAUUGGGACGGUGGUGCUCAAUCGUCGCCAUGCCCGUCACGAGAGGAAGGCUAACAGGGAUCUCGAAAUGAGGCCAAUAAUGCAGCGUUCUGAUACGAAUAUUACUGGUAUGCCUCCAGUGUACCAUCCGCGCAGCAAUACGACGUCGUUCAAUUCGUCCACCUCUCCGCCACCAUAUUCGGCGAUAUACGAGAAUCUGAACAGCGACAGCGAAUCUCGAGUAUCACAGCCUUCCAAACCACUGUUAGGCGCUGAGACUGCUACAAAAUUCGAAACUCACCUUAUGAAUGCUUCGCCGUAUGUGUUGGUGGUGGGGAUUCCAGCGAUGCCAGUGUCCUCCUUGGCAUCAGUGAUUACCAGGUUCAUGUAUCCAUCCAAGCACUGCAAGACUCCGGUGUACAAGAGCCCGGAAUUGAGCUUGACGAUGACAUUCUUCCCAACGAUCGCCUUCAAAAAGGCAGAAGGAGACUGUGUUUGGUUGAUAUCGCUCUGUACGACUGAGGACAUGUACGCUGAUGAGAGUUGGAAGUUCUACUCGGAUAUUAUCCUCUCAAAGAGAGGCCCUCUUGCUCGUAUCUGGAUUGCCGCACAUAUCGAGAAGAAGCUGUCGAAGAAGGAGGCAAUAAAUACAGACAUUGGGGAGUCUGUUGAUGUCAUCCUCAACCCACAGGCAGUCGAGCCAAUGGCUCUUAGAAUGUCCGGACAGCUCCUCCUCGGCGUUACGCGUAUUCAUUCGCGUAAAUCUAAAUAUCUCCUCGAAGACGUCAACGACACCCUUAGCAGCCUUCGUAGAGCCUUCCUCCCCGGUCCUGGCGCGAUUGAUCUUUCCGAUCAACAAUUGCUCGCUCCGCAGAACGCAAUCACUCUCGAAGAAGGCCCUACUAUUGAGGACGGCGCUAUUGACUUUGAACAGUUCCAUCAACCUAUCUCAAUGGCGCUUGAUCCGUUUUUCAGCAUUAAUGAUAUGAAUACGUCUGUAUCCGGUAUCAGUACUGCUGAAUUUGGAGACGAUCUCUCAGUCGAAGCUGGUAGACGUGAAGGCAGUGUAUCUCGUUCUGACAGGCUGUCCAUCCUCGGCUCAGAAUUCAAUGAGCAAGGCAGAGCCGAUAAAGGGAGGCAAAGCGGUGGCACAGCAGGUGCAGUAGAUGACUGGGGUAUGCCUAUUGAUGAUGUAGGUGAUGGGUUUGGUGAUUUCGGCAUGGAUCAUGUCUCUCCUGCCGGUGACGGUGCCAGAGACAUGGACCUAGGUGGUGGAUUCGAAGGUGGUUUGGAUCUUGGUUUCAACUUGGAUGACCCUCUAGCACCUGCUGUCUCGCUAGACGAACGCGCAUCCUCACCACUCUCAAGUCCUCCGCCAGGCGAGUCACAGCUCAACAUGGAUGAAUCAACGCUCGACGCCGUCGAACAGCAGGCUCAGAGACAGGCCAAGAGAGGCACCGGUCGAAAGAGACAUAUUGUCGACUCACGCAUUGAGUUGAGUCGCAGAGGUGCUUCUCAAAACCAGCAGAGAGCAGACGAAGAUAUUGCAAAGACUUUACAGGAUGAGUCUUAUUUGCAGCCGACCCGCUACUAUCAGGAGCGUCUCGACAUACUUCAAGAUCCCCUCAGUCACUUUAUCAACGUCAAUGCAAGCCAAGGCAAGCAAUUUUUGAGGGUAGCACCACCAAACAUACUCAACGAAUCUCUCAACUCCCUCUAUGAUGUUCCUGUUGGCUGCUUGAGGAGACAAAGGGAUGACGAUGAGGACGGUCCAAGCAAGCGGAUGAGAGAAGACGCUGAAGUUGGUAGACACGAGUCUAUACCACCCCAAGGCUUAGACGAAGAUGGAUGGAAUCUGUCUGGUUUGGAUGUAGGUCCAGGCGAUACCAGUGGUUGGGAAGGCAACCCAAACGAGGACACUUUCCAGCUCGAAGAGGGACAAGGUUUGUUUGAUCAAGAUGACGUCAACCAGCCUCUCGCCAACCAAGACUGGCAGAGUUCUCGUACAGGCUCUGUCAGCGGUGAUAGUCAUGGUAAAGCUCCAUCUAGAAUGUCUACGCCGAGCCUCGACACUCCGUCAGCCUCCCAGUACGAGGCAAAGGAAGGUGAGGCCCCGAUCGCUAUGUUCGGGCGGAAGCAGACGAAGCAGGACACGAAGCAUCUCACAAAGGACGGCUACUCAAGAACUACCGUGAAGGCUAGAGAAUUUUUGAAAGCCAGACUUUCCGACACUCGACCUGAUAACUUUGUCAGCUUCAAAGAGGUCUCGGACAAGGCAAACAAGAGAGCUGCCUCUGCCUUCUUCUUCGAGAUGCUUGUCUUGGGCAACCGUCAGCAGGUCGGUCUCAAGCAGGACUCGCCUUUUAGCGAUAUACAAGUCGCUGCAAGAGAUAAGCUAUUGGCAUAA